AUGGGCGAGCUCAUCAACGUCCACGGCAGCGAGGAGCUGUGGCGGCACCCCGACCAGGCCUCGACGCCCAUGUGGGACUUUAUCCAGCGCGUCAACAAGAAGCACGGCCUGCAGCUCCAUGGCUACCCGGGCCUGUACAAGUGGUCCGUCGACAACGUCUCUUCCUUCUGGGAGGAGGUCUGGGACUUUGUCGGCGUUGUGGCCUCCGUCAAGGCCGAAAAGGCCCUCCCCGACGAUGCGCCCAUGUUCCCCCGCCCCGACUUCUUCUCCUCGGCCCGCCUCAACUUCGCCGAGAACCUGCUCUUCCCGCCCACGACGCCGCCCAUCGACCCAUCCUCGCCCGCCGUCAUCACCACCACCGAGCUGCCCGGCGACCUGCGGUCCACGUCUUGGGAUGAGCUCCGCGAGGCAGUCCGCUGCUGCGCCAAUGCCCUCCGUGCCGCCGGCCUGGGCCCUAACGACGUCGUUGCCGGCUACGUCUCCAACCAUGUCGAGGCUCUCGUUGCCAUGCUCGGCGCGGCCUCGGUCGGCGCCAUCUGGACCGGGAUCAGCCCCGACAAUGGCGUCUCCGCCGUGCUCGAUCGCCUCAGCCAGAUUGCCCCCAAGGUGCUCUUCGCCGACAACGGCACCGUGUACAAUGGCAAGGAGUGGUCCAGCACCUCCAAGACUGCCGAGGUCGUGGUCGAGCUGAGCAAGUCCGGGCUGCAGACUGUCGUUGUCAUCAACAACAUCAAGGGCGAGCUGGGGCUCUCCGACCUCGAGGCGCAUGGCGUCAAGGCUGUCGACUAUGACUCGUUCCUUGGCGGUGCCCCGUCCGGCGAUCUCGUGUUCGAGCAGCUCCCUCCCUCGCACCCGCUGUACAUCCUCUACUCCAGCGGCACGACGGGCCUCCCAAAGGCCAUCGUCCAUACCGCCCUCGGCACUCUAAUCCAGCAUAAGAAGGAGCACCUGCUCCACUGCUCGCUGUCGUCGUCGUCCCGCAUGCUCUACUACACCACCACCUCGUGGAUGAUGUGGCAUUGGAGCAUUGGCGCCUUGGCCGCCGGCGCCACUCUGAUCGUCUACUCAGGGUCUCCGUUCCGGCCAAACUCCCAUCUGUCGCUUCCGCGCGUCCUUUCCGACCUCAAGGUCACUCACUUCGGCACGUCGGCUGCUUACCUGACGGCCCUCGAGGCCAACAACGUUCGCCCGGUCCGCGAGGCCGACAUCGACCUGUCGCAUCUCCAGGCCAUAUACUCGACUGCUUCGCCCUUGCCUCCGUCCACCUUCCGCUUCGUCUACGAAGCCUUCCCCAAGAGCGUGAACUUGGCCUCCAUCACGGGCGGCACGGAUAUCAUCUCGCUCUUCGGCACCCCCUGCCCGCUGCUGCCGGUUCGCACCGGAGAGAUCCAGUGUGCCGGCCUCGGUAUGGACAUUCGCGUGGUCGAUUCGGUCACCGGCGAGCAGGUCCCAGCGGACGAGCCUGGUGACUUGGUCUGCGUCAAGCCGUUUCCCUGCCAACCUCUCACCUUCUUCGGCGCCAAUGGCGAUGCCAAGUAUAGGGCGGCAUACUUUGAGCGGUUCGAGGAUGUCUGCGGAGUCAAGGGUCCCGUGUGGCAUCACGGCGAUUUUGUCAAGAUCCCGGAUCCGGGCACCGGUAGCCUGGUCAUGUUGGGCCGAUCCGAUGGCGUCCUGAAGCCCGCAGGUGUGCGUUUCGGGUCUGCAGAGAUAUACAACAUCCUCACGAGGUUCUUCGCGUCAGAUGUCGAAGACGCCGUUUGCGUGGGCCGCCGCAGGGCGACCGACAACGACGAGACGGUCUGUCUCUUUGUCGUGAUGGCUCCAGGCAAGACUUUCAGCGAAGAGCUCAAGGCCAGCAUCAAGGCCAAGAUACGGGGCGAACUGAGUCCGAGACACGUGCCGGGCGUCGUCGAAGAGUGUGGCGGGGGCAUCCCCAAGACGGGCAACGGCAAAAAGAUCGAAGUCGCCGUCAAGCAGAUUCUUUCCGGAAUGAACGUCAAGACCAACGCCAGCGUUGCGAAUCCCGAGGCUUUGGAGUGGUUCAAGGCGUGGGCUGCUAGCCACUAA